AUGUGGAAUAGCGGCAAACACACGCGCCUGGACACCCAGCAGACGGCUCAGGAAGAAUCUGACUUUCCGAGAUUUGCGGAGCCCAUUGCCAAUGUCACCGUAUCCGUGGGGCGCGAUGCCUUGCUGGCCUGUGUGGUGGAAAACCUCAAAGGAUACAAGGUGGCCUGGGUACGGGUGGACACCCAGACGAUACUCUCCAUCCAUCACAAUGUCAUCUCGCAGAACAACCGCAUUAGUCUCACCUACAACGACCACAGAUCGUGGUACUUGCACAUUAAAGAAGUGGAGGAAACGGACCGGGGAUGGUACAUGUGCCAAGUCAACACGGAUCCCAUGCGUUCCCGGAAAGGCUACCUGCAGGUGGUGGGUGAUUCCCCCAUGAUUGUCGAGGGCAUGACCAGCAACGACAUGGUGGUGCGCGAGGGCCAGAACGUCUCCCUGAUGUGCAAGGCACGUGGCUAUCCGGAACCCUAUGUCAUGUGGCGCCGGGAGGACGGCGAAGAGAUGCUAAUUGGCGGGGAACACGUCAAUGUGGUCGAUGGGGAGCUGCUGCACAUCACCAAAGUGAGUCGCCUCCAUAUGGCCGCGUAUCUCUGUGUCGCCUCCAACGGAGUCCCGCCUUCAAUUAGCAAGCGAGUUCAUCUUCGAGUGCAAUUUCCCCCCAUGCUUUCGAUUCCCAAUCAGCUGGAGGGCGCCUAUGUUGGCCAAGAUGUGAUCCUGGAAUGCCAUACGGAGGCCUAUCCAGCCUCGAUCAACUACUGGACCACGGAGCGUGGCGACAUGAUAAUAUCUG